AAUUAAAUGGUAUCCAGUAUGGCCGUCAAUAGCCUCGUAUUCUACUACCGGCGUUGAAAGUGUGAGAUAAUUCUCUAUUUUAUCCGAUGUAAUACUUAGUUUCUAUUUAAUUGACCCCGGUAACACUACCAUAAGCAACAUGUCAAGUCCAAUGAAAAAACCCCAGACUCCGAAUAAGAAAGACGCUGAUAGUUCCUCGACUAAUGGAACACCAAGUCGUCAGCGAAAAACUCCAACACCGAGUGGCACUCCAUCCGUUAAAAGCACGCCGAGCAAAAACCGUACACCGAGUAAACAGGGUCGUACACCCAAUAGAGAGAAAAAUAAUCCAACGGCUGAAACUCCGCUAAGAUGGGGAACACGUGGUACUCGAGAUACGAUUGCCCCUUCUUCCGAAGGUACAUCCUCUGUACCUGCCUCAUCGCCGACUCAGGGAGUACAAAUGACCAGUCCUUUAGCUGUUGGAAUGAGUGAGAUAGAUUUGUCUUCGCCUUUGUAUUACGGGACACCUAGCUCCUUGGGAUCGAUACGAACCCCUAGAAGUGGCGUUAGAGGUACUCCGAUUAGACAGAGACCAGAUAUCAGAACAGACAAACGAAUCAGGCAGGUCAACCUUGGCGAACCGAUACCAGAGGAACCAUUCAUACCUGGAUCGUCUGAGAGUGAGAAUGCAGGUCCGCAGCUCGUGAUUUGGGGGACAAACGUCGUGGUAAACAGAUGCAAGGAUCAAUUUAAACGUUUCGUUCGGCGGUUUAUUGACCCUGAAGCUGAAAAUGAUGAGUUACCAGAGAACAUGAAUCUUGCCGAGCCACUAUACCUCCAAAAACUUGAUGAAAUCCAUACUUUAGAGGAGCCAUACUUGAACAUAAACUGCGCUCACUUAGAAAGUUUUGAUGAGCAAUUGUACAGGCAACUGAUUUGCUACCCACAAGAAGUUAUACCCACUCUAGACAUGGCUGCGAAUGAAAUGUUUUUUGAAAAGUACCCAGCUGCAGUACUGGACCAUCAAAUACAGGUCCGACCAUUCAAUGCAGCUAAGACUAAAAACAUGCGCGGUUUAAAUCCCGAAGAUAUUGAUAAGUUGAUUACAAUAUCAGGGAUGGUGAGCAGAACUUCAAACUUGAUACCAGAAAUGCGAGAGGCUUUCUUCAAAUGUACAGUCUGUUCUUUCACAACUUUGGUAGAAAUUGACCGAGGUCGAAUUGCUGAACCAACUCUGUGCACUCACUGUAAUACUAAUCAUUGCUUCCGGCUGAUUCACAAUAGGAGCCACUUCUCUGACAAACAAAUGGUCAAACUUCAAGAAUCUCCUGAUGACAUGCCUGCUGGUCAAACACCGCACACUAUCGUUGUAUUUGCUCACAAUGAUCUGGUCGACGCUGUUCAACCAGGAGAUCGAGUUGCUGUUACAGGAAUAUAUCGUGCGAUUCCUCUCCAAGUUAGCUUCAAACAGAGUAAUGUUCGCGCCGUGUACAAAACUCAUAUAGACGUCGUUCACUUCAGAAAGCAGGAUUCUAAAAGGCUCUACGAUCAAGAGGAUGGCAAAGAUCAUGCAUUCCCGCCUGAGAGACUUGAAUUGCUACAAUUGUUAUCCCAGAAGGAGGAUGUCUAUGAACGAUUGGCGCGUAACAUAGCACCGAGUAUCUAUGAGAAUGAAGAUAUAAAGAAAGGAAUAUUAUUGCAACUGUUUGGAGGGACAAAGAAGACCCACGCUUCUUCAGGCAGAAAUCAUUUUCGUGCUGAAAUAAAUAUCUUGCUAUGCGGAGAUCCUGGUACCAGUAAAUCCCAGUUGCUUCAGUACAUCUACAAUUUGGUACCAAGAUCGCAAUAUACCAGUGGCAAAGGUUCCAGUGCUGUGGGUCUAACUGCCUACGUCACAAAAGAUCCAGAAACACGACAGCUUGUACUGCAAACAGGAGCUUUGGUUUUGGCCGACAACGGUAUAUGCUGCAUUGACGAAUUUGAUAAAAUGAACGAUGCUACGCGAUCUGUAUUGCACGAGGUCAUGGAACAGCAAACUUUGAGUAUUGCCAAGGCUGGCAUUAUUUGUCAAUUAAACGCAAGAACCAGCAUUUUGGCGGCAGCUAAUCCCUGCGAAUCCCAAUGGAAUAAGAAUAAAACGGUGAUUGAGAAUGUUAUGUUGCCUCAUACCCUGAUGUCUCGAUUCGACCUAAUUUUUCUUAUGCUUGACCCUCAAGACGAACUAUUCGAUAAACGGCUUGCUCGGCAUUUGGUCUCUCUGUAUUACAAAGCCAAACCUGAGGUUGAAGAUGAUCUUAUUGAUAUGAGCAUUUUACGCGACUACAUAGCAUAUGCCAAAGAACACGUGCAUCCAGUUAUGAGCGAAGAAUCUCAGCAAAGAUUAGUUCAGGCGUAUGUAGACAUGAGAAAAGUUGGUAGCGGCAGAGGACAGAUCAGUGCAUAUCCAAGGCAAUUGGAAUCCCUUAUAAGAUUAGCGGAAGCACAUGCAAAAAUACGACUAAGCAGCUUAGUUGUGGUGGAAGAUGUUGAAGAGGCCUGGAGACUGCAUCGCGAGGCUCUAAAGCAGUCGGCGACAGAUCCGUUGAGUGGGAAGAUUGAUGUUGGCAUUCUGACAACUGGCUUGUCAGCAGCUGCUAGGAAACGAAGAAUGGAACUAACACAAGCGAUACGUAGCUUGAUCGAAAGCAAGGGGAAGAUUCCAACUUUGAAUUACCAAAAGAUUUUCACUGAGAUUAAAGAGGCGUCUCAGAUCCUGAUAACACGUGAGAUGUUUGAAGAUUCACUGAAGGAGCUACAAGAUGACGGUUUUAUUAUUGUUAUCGGUAAAAAUACCAUCAGAGUCUGCUGAAAGUUUGAUAUUAUUUCCAAACAAGCUCUGUCAGAUAUUUCGGAUGAAUUUGAUAAAUUGUAUAAGACAAAUAAGCGUUUACAAGGCACUGCCACUAUGACAAUAAUUACAUAAAAGUUCGCGAUUGAAUAUUCCAUCUUUUCGACCAGCUGAAAAUGAAAUCCAGAGAACAAUAUUCCUUAUUUAUUUUUUCACGAGAAUCAGUGGUAGAAAAUUUUUACUGCCCCUUCUUACGAUACAAAACGAAAAUAUCCUAUACAAACAAAUUUUUUACCAAAGAGACCGAGCAGCGGAAAUGUUCAGUUUAUAUUUCCUCCUCUUAAGUCUUUUUCUGUAAUGCUACGUUGUGAAAACAGCCCGAAAUUGGUGCCUAAACAAAUAUCUAUGCCUUACGGAUUUUCGCAUUUCCAAGACGUAAUUUCCCCGUUUGAGAUGCAUCUUAGAUUAUUAAUUUUUUAUUUCUAAAACCAUUAUUAUAAUUAACAU